CCGAACGAUGUUCCUGAUAUAUACACAGACGAGUUGGAGGGAAUGCUCAAAUAAGGGUUGAGAACCUCCCCUUGUCGAGCAUCAUCGGACCGUACCAGAAGUACCUUGGAAAGAGAGAUAAUCCCCAAAGCUUUAGCGGCUCGCUACUCAAAAGAUCAUGCAAGGUGUUUUGCCUCACUUCAUUAUCUUCGUUUCCCUGUACCCAGCAGCUCACGCCAACGGAGAUCAAGGAAAUGCUUCAGCAUCAAGCUGCAAGUCAUGUCAGUCUUGCCAAUUGGUUGGAAUACCUGGAUCAAACGGCGUUCCAGGCAUGCCGGGAAACCCAGGUUUUCCCGGUAGGGACGGCACUAAAGGAGAGAGAGGCAGCCCCGGAAAGCGGGGUGCCCAAGGAGUAGCAGGGAUCCCUGGGAAAAUUGGUCCGAGAGGCCCUGAGGGUCCCAAAGGGCAGAUGGGAGAGAAAGGAGUUAAUGGUACGGGAAUCCCAGGGAACAUUGGCCCUAGAGGCUCCAAAGGAUUCAAAGGAGAAAGAGGGAUCAGUGGAACAAAGGGACAAAAAGGGGAUGCAGCAAACAUUGACCCAAGACAACUGGCCAACUGGAAACAGUGUGUGUGGAGGGCAGAAUCGAAUACAGACAGCGGGAAAAUAAAGGUAAGUAACCUUAACCUUUAUACGUAA